AUGGCUAGCUUUUAUCUUAUCUUUUUUCAAUACGGGCCCACUAGUGGUUCGUUUGAAAUACGAAAUGCUAUCGCAGAAUACUUCAGUUCACUAUAUGUUGAUGAUCGCGUAAAAAGUGAGGAUCUUAUUAUUACAACUGGUGCAUCGCAAGGACUACAUUUUGUCUUAUCAACUCUGGUUGAUUUAAAUGGUGUAAUUUUUGUUGACGAAGUUACUUACAUGAUCGCAUUGGAUACUAUGAAACAAUUCACAACUCUUACCAUCGUACCGUUAAAUCUUAAUGGCGAUGGAGUAGAUGUGAAGGAACUUGAAAAAAUAGUACAGGAAAAACGGUUUCAAUCAAAAUCUAAAACCUUCUGGGCAAUGUACUAUACCAUUCCAACUUAUCAUAAUCCAACUGGUUCUUAA